GCCCGUCUUUUACUUUCCCGGAUCAGAACUGCUGUAUGUCUCAGAGCUUCACGCCCGAACCAGAACAACAUGUUGCGGGUCAGAUGCCUCAGAGGUGGAAGCCGCGGAGCAGAAGCUGCACAUCUCAUCGGUGCUAUGGUGGGUCGCGCGGUGUCGGGAUGGGUGCAGCGUGCGUUCCGCAGCACCUCGAGCUCCGCAGCUGUAGCGCAGCCCCUCACUGUGGACGAGCCCGUUACUGAGCACGCGCCCGAGGAGUGCCCCGUAUGCGCGUACAACGAGUGGGACCCGCUCGAGGAAGUGAUCGUUGGGCGAGCCGAGAACGCCUGCGUCCCCCCUUUUACAGUGGAGAUCAAGGCCAACACCUAUGAGAAAUAUUGGCCCUUCUACCAGCAGUAUGGGGGACAGACAUUCCCGAAGGACCACGUAAAGAAAGCAGUUGCUGAAAUUGAGGAAAUGUGCAAUAUUCUACAUCAUGAGGGUGUUACUGUGAGACGGCCAGAACCAAUCGACUGGUCAUUGGAAUACAAAACCCCAGACUUUACUUCCACAGGCAUGUACGCAGCCAUGCCAAGAGAUAUCUUGAUAGUGGUGGGUAAUGAGAUCAUCGAGGCGCCGAUGGCCUGGAGAGCUCGGUUUUUUGAGUACCGUGCUUAUCGACCUCUCGUUAAGGAAUACUUCAGGCGGGGAGCCAAGUGGACCACUGCACCCAAACCCACCAUGGCCGACGACUUGUAUGAUCAGGAUUACCCUAUUCGCACAGUGGAGGACAGACAUGAACUGGCUGCUCAGGGGAAGUUCGUCACCACAGAGUUUGAGCCAUGUUUCGACGCUGCAGACUUCAUCAGAGCCGGCACUGACAUUUUUGUACAGAGGAGUCAGGUUACAAACUUCAUGGGCAUUGAGUGGAUGAGGCGUCAUCUGGCCCCCACAUACAAGAUACACAUCAUCUCCUUUAAAGAUCCUAACCCCAUGCACAUUGACGCCACCUUUAACAUUAUCGGACCAGGACUUGUGCUGUCCAACCCAGAUCGACCUUGCCGGCAGAUCGACAUGUUUAAGAAAGCUGGAUGGACUGUGGUGACCCCUCCAACUCCUCUUAUUCCAGAUGAUCAUCCAUUGUGGAUGUCGUCCAAAUGGCUGUCGAUGAAUGUUUUGAUGCUGGACGAAAAACGUGUCAUGGUGGAUGCCAAUGAGACAACCAUCCAGAAAAUAUUUGAAAAUCUUGGUAUUAAGACUAUUAAAGUUAGCAUCCGUCAUGCUAACUCCCUGGGAGGAGGAUUUCACUGCUGGACGACAGAUGUCCGUCGUCGCGGCACCCUUCAGUCUUACUUCCUCUAGCCUGCCAGAAAGACGCAGUUCUUAUUGAGUGCAUAUAUUUGAGCAACAGUGACAGAUGCAGGUUUUUGGUUUGAUAGUGCUGUGCAUGUCAAAGCUUUUGCAAAUGUAUCAAAUGAAUGUGAUGAAUCGAAACCUCCGUGAUCUCAAUAUCAACUGCAUUUCUGGCCGGCUGUUGUAGGAAUGUCUCCAGUGAAGUAGGCAGUGCACCCCCCCCCCCCCCCCCCCACACACACACACACACACACCACCAUGACCACAGAAAAAUAGAGUUUCUACCUCCUUUUUUCCAGCUUAUUUUGUCAUUUUAAUAAAAUUACAUAUUUUAUCAUGAAUUUUUAAUUAUAUACCAUUGUUUUUUACCCUUCGUGUAAAGGACAAAGUCUUUUAGGAACACUUUUGAUUUGUAAGCUCAGGUAUUUUUAUAGCCAUAUUACCGUUAUUUUAUAAGCAUAUCGCAAAAAUGUAAAUAUAUAAAUUUAUACAGAUACAUUUUAUUGGCAUGUACUUUGAAUAGUGUCCCCUCACAAAAGUGUUUUUAUAGCAUCUGCCUCUGUUGUCAUUCACAAUAGCAGGAGUCAGGACGCUACACUAUGCUCUUACAUGAGCCUGGAAUUUCCCAACAUUCAGGAAAGGUUUUGGUUGUUUUUUUGUGUUGUGUUUGCACUGUAAUUCUCUACUUAAGCUUUUUGCAUGAGAUUGCUCUUUACUGACACAUGAUUCUGUGUCAGGUCAAACUAAAUCAUUAAAAAAAAAAAAAAACACAUGGAAAUGAGUGUAAUUGAAUUCUCUUUUCAUUUUGCAUAAAGUAUUAACAAUAAAAGAACACAGAUGAGCAAAGUGUUAAUAAAAUGCAUGCACCAUUUGGAAGUUAUUUUCUUAAAGAAGGAUAAAACUCUAAAACUCAAGUGAUAAAUAAAAAUUGACUAUGGCA